AUGCCGUCCGCCGUCUUGCACCACCAAGCCAACGGCAUCGUCCGUCGAUCACAUGAAUAUGAAUCUGCUGAGUCGACAUCUUGCGACGACAACGCCGUCACGCACGGUGACUCCAUUCCCACACAUCCACUUGGAGUAAAGCCGUUAGGCAACCGCUACCUCUCCAACGGAUCGAAUGCAAAGGCAAACAGUGGCACAUGGGGUUUCUUGCCCGAUGAGAUGCUCAUGCUGAUCCUGGAGCAGGUGGAUGCAAAAUCCUUACUGAGUCUCGGCUCGACCUGCAAGUUUUUGUUUGCCUUUUGCCACGCAGAUGAGCUUUGGAAAGCCCUGUUUUUGCAGCCAUUCGCUUGCAGCAACAUUGACUUGUCAAGCUUUGUGAAAAACAUCCCCAAAGCGAACCAGAUUCGCCGGAUGGAGAACCUGACAUAUGAACAAUAUGCAGAACGAUGGACUGAGAAGCCCUUUAUUCUCACCAAAUGCAUUCAGGACUGGCCAGUGUGCUCCAAGUGGACUAUAGACGAGCUGCUCAGGGCAUACGCCAGCGUUGAGUUUCGUGCGGAAGCAGUCGACUGGACCAUGGAGAGAUAUUGCAACUAUAUGAGGGACAACAAGGAUGAAAGUCCACUGUAUCUCUUCGACCGCAAAUUUGCAGAAAAAAUGGGCAUUACUGUCGGCCACCAAGAUGGCACGGCUUACUGGAAGCCAGACUGUUUCGGCCCUGACCUGUUCGAAGUUCUCGGAGACGAACGCCCUGCGCACCGAUGGCUGAUCAUUGGACCAGAGCGAAGUGGCUCAACCUUCCACAAAGACCCCAAUGGCACGAGUGCUUGGAAUGCAGUCAUCCAAGGGUCCAAGUACUGGGUCAUGUUCCCUCCGACAGCUCAGGUUCCCGGUGUGUACGUGUCGGAGGACAGCAGCGAGGUCACAAGUCCUCUCAGCAUUGCUGAAUGGCUCCUGACCUUUCACGAAGAAGCCAGGCGGCUGCCUGAAUGCGUCGAGGGCAUAUGUAGCACGGGCGAGAUUCUGCACGUUCCGAGUGGAUGGUGGCAUCUUGUUGUCAACCUUGAAAGCGGGAUUGCCUUGACUCAGAACUUUGUUCCUCAGUCCCCCAGCCUUAGCCUCCUGUCCGAAGUAUUGCUAUUUAUGCGAGACAAGGCUGACCAGGUUUCUGGGUUUGAACGCAACGUGGAAAAGCCGUUUGAGUUGUUCAGGGAAAGAUUGGGACAGCAGUAUCCAGAUAUUCUGGACAAGGCUCUCGAGCUAGCUGACAGGAAGAGCGGGAAGAAGCGCAAAUGGGAUACCGCCAUUGGCAAGGAAACGGAAGAGGAUGGAUCUGGAGGAGGCUUCAGUUUUGGGUUCGGAGGUGGGGAUGACGAUGACGAGAUUCCGUAG